AUGGGUGAUUUAGUUAAUGUCUUUUCACCAACAAAAGCUGAUGGUACUGCAAUUACUGUCGCUGAGCAAAAAUCUCUCAUUUCAACCUAUGCAGGUCAAUUUGCCAUUAUUGCUGCAGGUUCUGCCAUUGCCAAUUUCAUGUCUCAAUUCUUCUUGAAUUGGGCAAGUGAAAGAAUUGGUGUAGCUUUGAGAGGUGCCUAUUUUGAUUCACUCACCACUCAAGAAAUGGGUUUCUUUGAUAUUAAGAAGGUUGGAAGUCUUACCAUUACUCUAUCUGAGGAUAUUAGUAGAAUUCAGGAAAUUUACACAGUCAAAUUGGCAACUCUCUUCCAAAACAUGACACAAUUCAUUGUUGGUGUUGUUUUGGCUUUGACAACUGGAUGGGAAAUGGCUCUUGUUAUGAUUUCUACCACUCCUCUCAUGGUAUUGGGUGUUGUUGUUCUUGGAGGAAUUAUUAGAAAGCUCACUUUGAAGAUUAACAAAGCCAAUGAUCACAGUGCUGCAAUUGCUACUGAGGUAACAUCAUGUAUGAGAACAGUUAGAUCAAUGGCUGGUGAAGAAAAGGAAAGAUCAAGAUAUAAGAGAGAUGUUAGAAAGAUGUAUUUGGCUGGUAUUGGAAAGUCAUUUUCUUUGGGAGCUACGUUUGGAUUAUUGACAGCUAUUUUGUGGGGAACUGCUGCUUUAGCUUUCUGGUUUGGUGGAGGUUUAGUUGUUGAAUCAAAGAUGAAUAUUGGAAGUAUGAUGAAAAUCUUUGGUCUCUCACUCUUUGCCAUUAUGGGUAUUUCAGGAACUGGUGGUUUCUUCCCAGAUUAUACUAAAGCUAUGGUUUCUCAAAAGACAGUUUUGAAAAUCUUAAAGAGAAAGGCAGCCAUUCCAUUCCAAGGAGGUAAAACACUUGAAAAAAUUAUUGGAAACGUAACCUUUGCAAAUGUUGAUUUUAUUUAUCCAUCACGUCCAAAUGUGACUGUAUUGAAGAAUUUCAGUUUGGAUAUUAAGGCAGGUGAAGCUGCUGCUUUGGUUGGUCCAUCAGGUUCUGGUAAAUCAACCAUUGUAGGUUUGUUGGAAAGAUUUUAUGAACCAGCAAGUGGUAAAGUCUACUUGGAUGGAGUUGAUUUGGCUGAAUUGGAUCCAAUGUGGUUACAUAGAAAUCUUGGAAUUGUUACACAAGGUAAGUUGUUUGCAACUACUAUUUACAAGAAUAUUGCAUAUGCAAUUGGUGAAGAAAACACAUCAAUGGAACAAGUUAUUGAAGCUGCCAAAUCAGCCAACUGUCACAGUUUCAUCAUGGAUCUUCCAGAAGGGUACAAUACAUUAUUGGGUGAACGUGGUGUUUCACUCUCAGGUGGUCAAAAGCAACGUGUCUGUAUUGCUCGUGCCUUAUUACAAAAUCCAAAGAUUCUUUUAUUGGAUGAAGCUACCUCUGCAUUGGAUACUGAAUCUGAAGCUCUCGUUCAAGCUGCUUUGGAUUUGUUAAUGAAGGGAAGAACAACCAUUUGCAUUGCUCACAGAUUAUCCACUGUUAGAAAUUCUGAUAAGAUUUGUGUGUUGGCAAAGGGAGUUUUGAAAGAGACGGGAACACACGAAGAGUUGAUGAAAAUUCCAAAUGGAAUUUACAUGAAUCUUGCUCAAAAACAAAUGCUCUUCUCUCAUGAACAGGAUUUGGAGGUAACGUUGGAUGUUCUUCAAUAA